AUGCCUCCCAGACCAUCGGUCAUUGAGGAUGAAAUUGUUGAAGUAUUUCUGAAGGGAAGCGGCCCUGGAGGUCAAAAGAUCAACAAAACAGCCUCGGCUGUUCAGCUCAAACAUCUACCAACAGGCCUUGUUGUUAAAUCCCAGGCCACGAGAUCCAGGGAACAAAAUCGCAAAAUUGCCAGAAAUAUUCUGGCAAUGAAACUUGAUGAGCGAUUCAAUGGAGCCGAAAGUAGGCACGCAAAGCUAGUCGAAAAGGCACAGAAGAAGAAGGCCAGUAAGACGAAAAAGGCCAAGAGAAAGUACGCUAAACUGGACUCGGAGAAAAACACUAUAAAUUGUGAAACGAUGGAGAGGGAGAUGAACGAUGACCUCGAGAAUGAUGAAGAGCACCCCCUAGAUGCAAAUAUUGCAUCACCACCACAAUACGUUUCGGAAGACACACCUGAAGCAUUAGAUGAGACCGAUGAGGCAAUAACAGGGUCUGAAAAAUCGCCCGAGGCUACCUCUGAUUGUCAAAGGAUAGGUUCCAUAAAUUGA